CCUGCUCUCAAACUUAAAUAACUUUCCUUCUACAGACAAGAAGAAGAAGAAAAGCAGUGAUGAUCGAAUCUGCGAGAGGAGUGCCACCUGAGGAGGGCAGAAGGAGUGCCAGCUCAGGCCGCCCUUCGCCGGCACCCCAGAGGCUCCUGGUGCCAGCCCUGCUCCUGGCCCUCAUCCUCCUCACACCAACAGUGGGCGGCAUCAAGUGUUACGAGUGUGUACACAACAACCAGAGAAUGAAGAGGCACAAUCGUUACGUCUAUCCUUGUUCAGAGUUUGAUGGCUCAGACAGAUACAUCAUGAACUGCCCAGACUCAAAGCUUUGCAUUUACCAGCGGAUAACUUUGCCACUGUCGAAUGAUAACAUAAUUGUAAGAACAAUGGAUGGCUGCACCCCAAACACCACAGACAACGCUCGCUAUGCCGAGGCAGGUCUGGUCAAAGAAGGCUGCAUCCAACACAAGAGUUUAUACAAACCCCCCUCAUCAGAGUACUGUUACUGCAGUCACAAUCUCUGUAACGCAACGACGACCAACUUGUCUUCUACAGGCAUCCUGGCAAUCCUAUUGGCAACAACACUUUUUUACAAUUACCAAUGGUCAAGCUCAUCCUGAUAUUUCCAAACCCAUAGAUAUUAUAAAAUAAUACAUACACUGAGAUCUCCUUUCCAUAAUCUUCAACUGCAUGCACACAAUAUGUGCAGUGCAAAUCUUCUACUACUUCUACUACUACUACUACUACUAUGAGUAAAUACAGGAUGUUUCUGGUUUCUGGUUAUUCUAAGGUUCACAUGGAAAUGCUGUGAAACUUCCUUGGGAAGUCUUUUAGGUAGGUGUCAGAUUUUGGGGACUAACCAAUUCCAAAUUUAAUUUGGGAACUGUAAAUACUUGUCUACAAAUCCAAGAAUGUUAAAUUUUAUAUCAUGCAAAAAAAAAAAAAAAAAAAAAAAUCCUAUCUAAAUCUUUACAAUACUUUUAUAUGAAUCAUAACUUCAAGAGACUCUUUAAAUAUUUUCUGAGCCAUUACACGACAAGCAUCCAAGACCUUAACGACUGCAGAGUACUCGAGGCAGUGACUGUAGCGUUUGACAGACUGCCCAUAACUCCAGAAGUCAAAACAUGGUGCUUAGCAAAACUUGGGAACAGCUGACUACAGGUUCUUUUGCCGCACGAGAUGUAAUAGACUAGUCAUUGUGCAUGGCUGUGCUUUCUUGUGACUUCUUUCAUUAUGAUGUAAGUCAUUUUCUUAUUUUGUUAUAAAGAUGGCUAUGUAAUCAUUUACUUUAAAAAAUUCAAUCAUUACUUAAAGUAACUAUAGUAAAAACUUACAGAGCUACAGUGUGCUCUGUAUAAAGACUGUGAUAUUAUGUUAGCAUUCAUUUGACUAUUGAUAAUGAUAUAUUUAAAUGUUUAAUAUGGAAUAAAUGUUACUGAGGAAUAAA